AUGACUGCUAUCUUCCUGAUAUCCAUGCUUUUCGGCCUUGUGUGUGGGCAAGCAACGUCUUUUUGUAUUCCAACUGAGUAUAUGAUGCACGUUGAAAGGAAAGAGUGUGAUUAUUGCCUAACCAUCAACACCACCAUCUGUGCCGGAUAUUGUAUGACACGGGAUAUCAAUGGCAAGCAGUUUCUCCCCAAAUAUGCUCUGUCCCAGGAUGUGUGUACAUACAGAGACCUCAUCUACAAGACCGUGGAGAUACCCGGAUGUCCACGCCAUGUUAGUCCUUACUUCUCCUUCCCCAUAGCUGUGAGCUGUAAGUGUGGCAAGUGCAAUACUGACUAUAGUGACUGUGUACAUGAGAUCAGCAAGACAAACUACUGUACCAAGCCUCAGCAGGCCUAUGUGCUGGGACUUUCUAUCUGA